AAUUGCCCAGGGCACGUCACUGCCUACCUGCGCACACCAACAACAAGCUUUCUCCACGCAACAACCCUACCCAGACCCUUAACUUUCCCGCCCCCCCUCUCUAGUUUCUGCCUUUGCGCAACACAAGACCCCUCGAUAUCUCUGUCUUGAAUCUUGGUUUGAAGCAAGCGGUAGCGGCCUGUCGCACAGUACACACACACACACACCCGCAACAACAUUAAAACCAUGUCGCAACGACGGAACGGCGGAGAGCCGCAGCCCAAAGACGAGAUGCCCCCCGCGAAGGGUGAGGUGCAAGACAAGCAAAAAAGGCUCCUCUCGCAGGACGCAGGACAUUUCUCUCUCGUGAGAGCUCUACACGCUGCUGACUACAUUACCGAGCUCAAUGGCUUCUGCGGCGUAAUGUCCAUCAUGUCCUCCCUCCGCUACUGCACACAGUCGGACCCCUUCAACUACACGAACCUGUACUGGGCCCUCGGCUUCAUCCCUCUCGGUCUCUUCUUCGACUUCAUGGACGGCAAAGUCGCCCGCUGGCGCAAGAAGGCAUCGCUCAUGGGCCAGGAACUCGAUUCCUUGGCCGACCUCGUCUCCUUCGGUGUUAGCCCCGCCGCCGCCGCCUUCUGUCUCGGUCUGCGUACCCCCGUCGACCAUCUCCUCCUCAGCUUCUUCGUGCUCUGCGGUCUUACGCGUCUCGCGAGGUUCAACGUUACAGUUGCUAUGGUGCCGAAGGAUGCGACGGGCAAGAGCAAGUACUUUGAGGGCACUCCGAUUCCCAUGUCGCUGGGUAUUGUGCAGGUCAUGGCAUACUGGGUGUACAAGGGCUGGACGCUGGAGCAGAUUCCCAUGGGUCUCUGGCUUGAGGGCACGGCGUUUGAGUUCCACCCUGUUGUUGCCAUGUUUAUUCUCCACGGAUGUUUGAUGGUUAGCAAGAGCGUCAAGAUUCCCAAGCCCUAGAGUGCUGGAGCAGAGGAAAGCAGCUCAGCAUGUUGUGUGUGAGCCGCUGUGAUUGGGACGAUGGAAGUAAUAGAUCUUUGGCCUAUAGAGAGGAUAAAUCGGCUGCUUCUGUCCUGUUAGUUACACGCAUGACGAUGCUAUGGUCGAUUAGCGGGCGUACAAAACACAAUGAUACCCUAUUAUCAAGAAAUCUCAAGUAAAACUUCGAUUGAAACUGCACUAUGUCUGUAAAAGAUAAGCUAUCAGAAGGUAAUCACC